GAGCUGGAGCUACAGAGCAGAGAGAGCCGGUGUGUCUGCAAACCUGAACGGGGAGAGAGAGCAGCGUGUGACAGCGUACCAGGACCGUCAGCGCCCGUACUCUGUGUCUCUGAACCAUAAAGACGUCUAAGGCUUUAUUUCACUCUUGGACCAGGAGCGUUUUGUGUAAGAUCAAUCUGCGCUCCUCUGUGAUUCAUUCAGGCAACACCCUUAUGAAAAUGGGGUAAUUGUGUUUGUUCAUCAUCUAUUUAACUAAACUGGAACAAACCCAAGCACUUCUCCCAAUGUCAGAAGAUUCAGACUCCAAGCCCUAUUGCUUCCCGGUGCUGGAGGAUGAGGACAGAGCAUCAGGUAGCAGAGUGUCCACCUCAUGUAGCUCCAUGCCAAGGGGGGCCUCAGGAUGCAGCUCCAUGGCACAGCUGCAUCGGAUGGGUGGCUACAACCAAGGUGGGCCCGACCUAGGCCUCCCCUCGGAGGGCAGCGACAGCAGUGGGCAGGACCCUCCUGCCAAACUGCACAACCAUCGCAAGAACGCCCGCUCCCGAUCACUCCCCGAGGAGGACGUGGAGAUGAAGAGCAGUGGGUCCAGCGGCAGUGGGACUGAAUCACACGGCAAUGAAAGCCAUGGCAAUGAGAGUCACGGCAAUGAGAGCCAGGGCCAUGAGUCAAUGGGCAGCUCCAAUGGCACCAGUAAAGACUCAGCACUGCUGGAAUCCUCUGAGAGCAACAAGAGCUCAAACUCCCACAGUCCGUCUCCUCCCAGCAGCUCUAACGCCUUCAGUCUGCUGAGCUCAGAGCAGGACAACCCGUCAACCAGCGGCUGCAGUAGUCAGGAGUCCGCCAAAGCCAAGACCCAGAAAGAGGUGAUUAAAACUCUGAAAGAGCUGAAGCUUCACCUGCCUGCUGAGAAGAGACACAAUAACAAGUCGACCACAGUGAACACCCUCAAAUAUGCGCUGCGCUGCGUCAAACAAGUGGAAGCCAAUGAGGAGUAUUACCAGCUGCUGAUGAUCAAUGACAGUCAACCUUCAGGCCUGGAUGUAUCCUCGUAUACAAUAGAGGAGAUAGACAGCAUCACCUCUGAAUACACCCUCAAAAAUAACGACAUUUUCGCAGUAGCGGUGUCUCUCAACACGGGAAGAAUAGUCUACAUUUCUGAUCAGGCUGCGUCCAUCCUCAACUGCAAAAGAGAUGUGUUCAAAAACAGCAAGUUUGUGGAGUUCCUGACGCCGCAGGAUGUUAGCGUGUUCUACAGCUUCACAACGCCUUACCGCCUGCCCUCCUGGAGCAUGUGCACUGGAGCAGAGUCAUCCCCGUCGGACUGCAUGCAGGAGAAGUCCUUUUUCUGUCGUAUCAGCGGUGGCAAGGAGUGUGAGGGUGAUCUGCAGUACUAUCCAUUCCGCAUGACGCCCUACCUGAUGAAGGUCCAAGACACGGUACAUGCUGAGGACCAGUUCUGCUGCCUCCUGCUGGCUGAGAGAGUUCACUCUGGUUACGAUGCACCCAGAAUACCAACAGACAAACGUAUCUUCACCACCACGCACACUCCGAGUUGUGUGUUUCAGGAUGUGGAUGAGAGGGCGGUUCCUCUCCUCGGCUACCUCCCACAAGACCUCAUCGGCACGCCAGUCCUCCUCCAUCUGCAUCCCAAUGACCGGCCGAUUAUGUUGGCCAUUCACAGAAAGAUUCUUCAGUAUGCAGGGCAACCGUUUGACCACUCGUCCAUCCGGUUCUGUGCACGAAACGGAGAAUACAUCAUUCUUGACACCAGCUGGUCCAGUUUUGUCAACCCCUGGAGCCGCAAGGUCUCCUUUGUUAUCGGAAGACACAAAGUGCGCAUGGGCCCCGUGAAUGAAGAUGUUUUCUUGGCCCCGUCCUCCACAGUUGCCGAGAUGAAGAAAAUGGACUCUGACAUCCAAGAGGUCACUGAGCAGAUCCAUCGGCUCCUGCUACAGCCGGUUCAUAACAGUGGGUCCAGUGGUUACGGUAGUCUGAGCAGAAACGACCACCUUUUGGGCAUGACCUCCUCGAGCGAGAGCCUUGACAACGGCAGCAGGGGCAAGAUUCAGCAAGCAGAGGAGGAAGUGAGCGGCAAAGCCAGGCCUCGAACCUUUCAGGAGAUCUGUAAGGGAAUUCAUCUUCAGAAGAGCCAGGAGCAGCAGACAACCAAACCAGACAACAAGAAAAGCAACGGCAUAGAGUCUGUACAGAAGAGCCCAGUGGUGGUGCGACCCAAAGACUCAGCAGCUCCUCUUAAUUUGAGGGAGACUAUGGAGGAGAGUAGGUCCUCUUUCCAGGAGGACAUGUCCUUCAAUGAGCAGACUGUCUACUCCUACCAGCAGAUCAGCUGUUUGGACAGUGUUGUCAGGUACUUGGAGACCUGUAAUGUCCCCAUCACCAUGAAGAGGAAGUGCCAGUCUUCCUCUAACACCACGUCCUCUAACUCAGAUGACGACAAACAUAAAGGCUCUAACAGCAUGCAGGUGUCUGAAGAACCAGCCUUGUUGAAGGAUCAGUCUGGUCUCUCCGCUUUGGAUGUUCGAGACAAAAAGUCCAGUGACGCGGCCACAGCAGUAGUGGGCACCUCGCUGCCCCUACCUGUACCUAACAAACCAGAAAGUGUGGUGUCCAUAACCAGCCAGUGUAGCUACAGUAGCACCAUAGUGCACGUUGGGGACAAGAAACCUCAACCAGAGUCAGAGAUCAUAGAGGACGUCCCAGGAGCAGGAGAGACAGUAGAAUCCGGCCAGAACCUCGGGGUGCCUCCUGCUGCUGCUGUUUCACCUCCCAGUCGGGAGAGGGAGUCCUACAAGAAACUUGGGUUGACCAAGCAGGUUUUGGCAGCCCACACGCAGAAGGAGGAACAGGCCUUUCUGUAUCGCUUCAGAGAGCUUCGGGGACUCACAGCACUUAAAGCAAACUGCUCACAGUACCUGGAGCGCCAGAGGGAACAGAUCGCCAGCGAUGCUGCACCUGCUGCUCGAUCCUGCAAGCCGAGUGCUGAGCCCACCACGCAGCGGGGCAUGCGCAUUAAGAAGACCAAGUCAAAACGAGCGAAGCAGAUCGAGUCCUCGGACAGCACGGUGUCCCAUCACAGACAGCAGCAGCUACGGCCUCCUCGUCUCAACCAUGGCCUUAACCCAACCUCUUGGUCUCCCUCUGAGACCUCACAGUCAACCUUUCCCAUGGCCUACCCCUCUGUCAUGCCAGGGUACCCCCUCCAGGUUUACCCCAGAGCCACAUCCGUAGCUCCCUGCGCAGAUGCCACACUACAAGACUGUAGGGACAACCAUGGCACCCAAGCCCCUCCCUGCCCGUCAACCAUCCAUCCUGCUCCCUACACCGCCCCCAUGGUCACCCCGAUUGUGGCUCUAGUACUGCCCAACUACGUGUACCCACCACUGGCCACCGGGAUCCCGCCACCACCGCCGCAGCCAGUGUACCACCCAGAGACUGCUGCCUUCCCCACCCAAACGCAGCCAUUUUGUCAAGCUGCCUUUCCAGGCCAGGUCCCCUUUGCAGCUCCACCAUCCAUCAAUGUUCAGAACCAGUUGAACUCCCAAAACCACUUCAACUCCCAGAACCAGUUCAACUCCCAGAACCACUUCACUCCUCAAGCGGGCUACCUGGUCCCUUCGUUCUACUUCCCUCCAUCCUCUGAAACCCAGAAGGCACCCGUGGAGGGCCAGUCUCGCUCCUCUACCCCGCUUUCUGGAGGAGGGCCCCCGGCAUCCCCGCCCCUGUUCCAGUCUCGCUGCAGCUCUCCCCUCAACCUGCUGGAGCUGGAGCUGUCUGUGGACAGGCAAGACAGCACAGCGCUCUCCUCUGGAGGACAAGGGAAUAACACGGCUGAAAGGGAGAAAGGAGCAAGCAGCAACCAGGCCAAGGAAAGGGAGCUGAAGCAGCCAUCUCUCAGUCUCCUUGGUCCACGUGGACCCUUGUAUUGCGAGGGCACGCCCUGUGUCUGUGAGCGUUUGUCUUGGGAUAAAGUGUGCUCUAGACUGAGGGCUUGCAGCAAAGAGGCAAGUUCACGUGGCGAUGGGAACAACAGUGACGUCAACUCUUCGUCCAGCGACAUGUUGGACAUUAUUCUCCAUGAGGACUCUUGCUCGGGUACUGGCUCAGCCACCUCGGGGUCCAUGGGCUCGGGGUCCAACGGCUGUGGAACUUCAGCCAGCGGGACAUCCAACAGUGGGACAUCGAAGAGCAGGACGUCAGGCAGUGGAACCUCAGCCAGUGGGACCUCCGGCAGUGGAACAGGAAGCAACAACAGUAGCAAUUACUUUGGCAGCGUGGACUCGUCCCAGAACAGCCAGAAGGUCAAUGGUCAUUUGAGCAGUGAGGGAAGGCCGAUGGAGAUGGAGCAGAGCGACCACUUCAUCAAGUAUGUACUGCAGGACCCGCUGUGGCUGCUCAUGGCCAACACAGAUGACAAGGUCAUGAUGACCUAUCAGCUGCCCUCUCGUGACAUCCAGAGAGUGCUCAGAGAGGAUAGAGAGAAGCUGAGGCUGCUCCAGAAGAGUCAGCCACGCUUUUCAGAGGAACAGAAGAAGGAGCUGAUCGAGGUCCACCCCUGGAUUAAGAAGGGAGGUCUGCCCAAGGCAAUAGACAUCAAGGUAUGUUCCUGCUGUGACAGCUCUGCAGAGGCGGCAGCAGCGGAGCAGCCAGACCUAGACAUCGGUGAUACAGAGACGGGGGAGGUCGGUUGCCAGCGGAGGCCCAGAGAAGAACCCACAAACACUAUCGUCAUUUCCUGCCACGGAACUUCUCCUGGCUCCAGCUCUCAGACGCAACAAGCUCGACAAUAAACUGACUCUUAAAAUGACAUUCAUUACCCAUCGACCUCUUGUUCUGCACGACUGUGAAGACAUGUUACGCUCUUCACUCAAAACUCUUCAUUACUGUCCUGCAUUACUAUUUUUUUUAAUGUUGAACCUGUUUAGAUGUCAGGAUAAAACUGGCUCAAACGAUGAAAACUUGUAAAGAAUGUGAAUAUAUGUUAAUAUAUGACAUGUGAUGUUAUUUUAAUAUGCUUAUAAGCUGCAACAUUUACCUGGUGCUCGCAUGUGUUGCUGGGCUCUCUGACUACAUAUGUUCAUUCAUUUGUUUCUGUGUACUUAGUGGAAGCCUUUAAGGCAUUGAUUAGGAACCCAAUAAGGGAAAUACAGUAUAUGCUCGGACAUCGGGCGACAGGAUGGAGAUCAAACAAACAUGAACCAACUGGAGAUCCUAUAGUUACCUUAACACCUUUAGUUACUCACCAGGAUGUGGCUCAGUGGCGCUCUGAAUGUGGUUAAUGAAUGAACUCAGUAUUAUGUGACACAAUUUCCUUAGUGACAACAACAGAAGAGCAACAACAGCUACUACUAUGUCAGCAUGUGGUGAGAACAGGUUGUGUAAAGUACACUUGGUUUCAGUCAUUUCUGUCAUCAAGCACAAGUGCACUUUGUGGGCUUCACUGGAAGGGCAACAUCAGUCAGACUCCUGUACAUGUGUUCGUUUCUGGUGAUGCAUAUAGUCACUAGGAGGGGAAAUAAAAAGUAAAAUAACUUUUAUUAUUUAUAAAGUAGCAUGAAAUGUAAAUGCUCCAGUGUAAACAUUUGAGACUGCAUUGAGGAAAAAAUGGAUGUAGCAUCACAUACUAUACGCUACAUUUACUUAUAUUAUUUUUGAGAAUUUAAAUUCAAAAUUUAAAUUUUAUUUGUGAUGGAGCUGCCCCUGCCACACGCUCCCUAAUGCAGUUUUUAUUCUCUGUGUCUGUUUCUGUUCAUCUUUCGGUGUCAGCUGUGAAACUUUUAGAAAUACCUUUCAUUCAAAGAAAGAUUAUUUCAUAUCAAUGCUCCUGUGAAUAUUUGUCUUUGACUCAAAUAUAUAAAUAUAUUUUUACAUACAAUAAUUAGUGUUUUUAAGUUAUGAUGGAAAAUCCAUUUUACGAAA